AUGGUCAUGGAAACUCCUAGUCCUCAGUGCGUUGGCCGCGAAUUUGUGAGGCAGUAUUACACACUGCUGCACGAGGCCCCACUGCACCUUCACAGAUUUUACAGCCAUAACUCCAGCUUUGUUCAUGGAGGAGUGGAGAAGCCAGGAGAGGAGCAGCCACCAGUGACGGGACAGGCGAACAUUCACAAAAAGAUCGUGUCCCUGAAUUUUCGGGAUUGUCCAUGCGAAGAUCGUCAGGUGGACAGCCAUGCCACUGUGGAUAAUGCUGUUGUGCUUCAGGUGACGGGAGAGCUGUCUAACAACGGGCAGCCCAUGAGGAGGUUCAUGCAGACCUUUGUGCUCGCUCCUCAGUAUCCCAAGAAGUACUACGUCCACAAUGACAUCUUUCGUUACCAGGACGAGGUAUUCCAUGACACGGACAGCGAUGCGGAAACCAGGAGGAUGUGGCUGAAACACCGGAGACCCAAUACCAGGAGGAGACUCACCCAGAGAGGAACAAUGCCUGCUUAUUUUGAAAACACCCAGCCACUGAGGGAAGCUUUAGGUAUCCACUUGAACGAAAAGCAAGAGAAUUUAACUUCAGGUAAUGGCACGGCUCACCUGGAGGAGGUGACUGAUUCGGUGUCCCCAAAAGAGGAGGAAGAUGUUGUCAUUACGAAGGAGGAGGAGGUGGAGGUGCCUGAGGCAGGAACUGUCUUUUUUUCUCCUGAAUCCAAGCCAUUCUCAUGGGCUGCUAUGGCUAGUAAGAACACAGCAGGGGCGCCAGCAGUGCAGAGCACGAGCCCUGGCAGUCAUGCCCCUGUGCCAGUGAAAGCCCAGCCUGUAAGGACAGAGGUGAAGCCUGACCAAGGAGGACCCACUCCUCAACCACAGAGAGUACCCAGGCCGAGGAAUCGAGACCGUGAACGAGGGAGCAUCGGUCGCAAUGAGUCUGAGGGUGACACGGACAGUCAGAGUGGCAGACGGGGCUCUCGCUAUCCUGACAGCCACCAACUAUUUGUGGGAAACCUCCCUCAUAACAUUUCAGAAAAAGAAUUAAAAGAUUAUUUUGAAAAAUAUGGUCGGGUGGUGGAGCUACGUAUAAACACCAAAAGUGGAGGCGGGAAGGUUCCUAAUUUCGGUUUUGUGGUAUUCAACAGCCCAGACCCAGUUCAAACAAUAUUAAGUAGUAAACCUAUAAUGUAUAAUGGGGAACACAGAUUAAACGUGGAGGAGAAAAAGGCUAAAGGGGAAGGUGGUCGUCCCGGAAGUGGGCGUGGCGGUCCAGGACGAGGCGGGCCCAUCGGUGGAGGAAUGACCCGUGGGGGUUUCCCCACUGGCCCUUCAGGCAGAGGCGGGCCCAGGCCAGGAGGGGGAGGAAUGGGUGGCAGAGAAAACAGAAACAAUCCAGGAGGAGGAGGUGGUGGGAGGGGCAUUUCUAACUCGAGACGUUGACCUUCUGUUAAAUGGUGCUUAAAGAAAGUAUGCAAUUCUGAGACUGGACUUGUGAAGAGAGAAAGAAAGAAAGAGAGAGAGCGGGCGGACAGGUGAACUGUUGGUGAGGGCUGGCUUCCGGGCUGGCAGAUUGGUUGUGGCAUAUUAACCAACUGAAGACUGAGCUGAACUUCUUAGCCUUCUGUGUGAACAUCAUAGUUAACAUUACGUCACUCAGUCUGACUCCAGCUUCCCAACCUCUUCGGUUUGUUACUUAAAAUAUUAAAUGAAAAUCUCCUGUUUCAGAUAUUGUACAAAGUCUAUUUAACUAUUUAUCAUUCCCGUUGAUAGAUAGGUCGCCCAGCCGAUGUAACCAACCAAUGUAUUUUUUCCAAAAAUGUUUGUAAAUAAAUUCCUCUGUUGCAAACGGGUCUCAAUUGGUUUGCAUUGGUGGCAGUCUCUUUCUUGCUCACUUGUCUCUCUGUGACAGAACAAGACAGAAUUGCAUAUUUUCUAUGUUUUGUAUUCAUGUUUAUUGUCAACUGCAUAAAUCUGGCUCCGCUUUUGUCCUUACGUUUUUCCCCUCAUCAGAGACAAUUUUUAACGUGCUUGUCAACUUUUGGUGGGAAAACUUAAUGAAGGUGUUACUAAAAAAGCCCAAUAUACAAGACCCAACCUUAUUUUCGUAUAUUUUUUUUUUUAAAUAGAGUAUUAUAACUUUGUUUUAAUUAUCAAAACGAUGUGAUCUGCGAAGACUUUGUUUUGUGGAUAAAGUACUAUGCAAAGUUUCUACGGUAUCUUACUGUGUCCUGUACUAAGUUGUUUAGCCCAAGACGUGGCUCCCAUGCUGGCAAGGGAAGACAGGCACAGUUUUCUAUUAUCAUCCACAUUCCUCCUUCAUAGAAGCUGGUUUUAAAACUAAAUCACUACAUAGCUUAUGGCUAAAGAAAAAUCAGUGAGAGAAGAACCUGCGAUUUCAUAUCAGUAGCAUCUGCACAAGCUUUUCUGAACUUAAUUCUGAAGUUGGCUGAAUCUGCGUGGUCAAAUUGGGUGGGCUUUGAAAUGAUCUCUUAUCGUACAUGUAUUAACAGUUUGGGGGGAAAAUCAAUACUUAACUCAUGAAACAGGCUGGCAUCAUGGGUAAGGGAUUGGAGAGUAUUUAAUAACAAAGUUGACAAUUUAAAUGUUUUUAUAUCAGUUGUGUUAGGGGUAAAAUCUGGCAGCUUCUCACAAGGGUUGAUGCUUCUCUUCAGGGCUGCCUUGUGUUGCCAAAGAGAUUCUUCCAGUUUGAAGUAAAUUUCGUGUGUGGAAGUUUUUAUUUCUAUUUUUUAAUUUUUUUCCCCCUGGAGCUGAGAGAAGUAUGUGAGUGAAGAAAGGGAAAAAAUGCCAUGUCUUUCAGUGGAAGAUGUUGAACGACCAUUUGGCCAUUGUCCGUUAUGAGUUGUGAGAACCUUGUGAAAAGCUGCCAGUAUUUAAGAUAAUAAAUUUAUCCUGUAUUUAAUGUUUUCUCAUUGUCUUUCCAUUCUCCAUUUGUACAGAUCAUAAAAAAAUCUUAAGUGUAACACAUAACGUCUGCAGUUCUUGUUUAAAAACAGAAAAACAAAUGUUUGUAGAUUCAACUUGUAUUGUCUGGCUUCACGUUUUGAAAAACUAUUUAAUAAAUAUGUAGGGAUUUUCCCAUUU